AAACUGCCAUCACAUUCAUCACCCAGCCCACUCCUUAUCAAGCGCCCUCAACAACCCCUCAUCACCCCUGCUUGCAAUGACCCCGCCUACACAAUAACAAUGACAAUACUCGCUUGCCCAUGCUGCGAGCUACCAAAAAGGGAGCAGUACUGCCCCACCUGCCUGAGGGAAGGCAUCAAAACGCACACGGAGCUCGCGCAUAGUCUCCGCUUGCAGGCUGACAAGGCCGUCGCGCGAGCAACCCAGCUGCAGGACGGCACUCUGGCGCUGUCUGCCGCUCCAAGCGCACGGCAGACGCCAACCCCCGCGACGAGGGUCAAGGCCGUGCCCGGCUCGACAUCAACGCACGGGGUCGAGGCGUGGCGCAAGCUACGGGCUCAAGUCGCGGCGUCCAAGCUGCGCGUUGCAGCACUGCGAGCCAAGGUUGCCGCUGCGGACGCAGACCUCGCAACGGCUCGAGCGUACAUGGAGAAGGCAAACGUCCCAGCCCGUAUGGAGGCCCUCGAGGCGGUCCAACGCGGUACAGUCACGCCAGCCGAUAUUCGUGCCCAGAUCUCGGCCGUCAAGUCGCAGCAACGCGAGGUCGGCAAGCGCGUCAUACAGGCCCGCCGGGUGCUCGUUCGCGAAGUGGUCGAUGUCUUUGGCGUCCAGCGCGCUGGGAAGGGCUGGGAGAUCGCCAAGGUUGAACUUCCUGCUCCAGAAGCGCUUCGAAACUACACGUCGCUGAAUAUCAACGCCGCGCUCGUACACACAAUACACCUCCUCUCCCUCAUGACUCGAUACCUCUCCAUCGCUCUCCCGUUUACGCCAACACCGCCGACCGAACUGCCGCACGUCGGCCGCCCGAUAAUGGUGCCCAAUUUGCCGUUCCUCGGUACGACAAAGUGGCGGGACAAGCCGUAUGUCCUGUGGAUGUCGUCGACAGCGUCGGUCGCGGGCAAGGCAUUCUCCGCAAAGGACAAGUACAAGGACAAUCCUGCUGGCCGGCAGGCGGCCAUUUCGGCGGUGGUGGCGAAAUCGAGCACCAAGCAUCGGCUCACGCUGACUGCGUUUGGGCUGCUCGCCCACUCGGUCGCCUACCUCGCUUUCACGCAGGGCGUGCCCGGUGUCGGUAUCCGCGAGAACGGUGGCGCGAGUCGCGACUCGGAGGACGAUGAUGAGCCGCCGCUCCCGCUGCCCACGGCCUCUGGCGUCCUCGUGCCCGCCACAUCUGUGCUCGAGCUGCUCGCACUGAUUGCCGAGUCACCAAACCUCGGUAUCCGCGCACACCUCGGUAUCCGCGCACACGAGCCCGGCACGAGCGAGGUACUCAAGCACCUGGGCUUUGGGCUCGACGUGUCCAAGGUCGUCGCGGCGGUACUGGCGGCCGAGAAUGCGCGCUGGGGUGCGAGGGCGAGUAACGACGACCAUGAGGAGCUGAGUGAGGGGUGGGACCUCCUAGACAUGGAGUAGCAUUGUACAUUACACAUCAUGAACUUGUAUACAACGGUAGGGAUACAGUAGUGGGGGUUACUCUGCCUCGGCGAUGAGGUAACGAGAGAGGAAGAGGACGUCGGGGUGAGAGGGCACGUGGCGAUCGCUCCACGGCUCCCAGACGCCAAUCUCGAGGGGCUUCCCAGGCGAAGCCGCGACGCGGGGGUCGACACCGACUCGAGGGCAGUCGGAGGGUAAAGCUGUCAGCACGACGACCACUUCGUCGUCUGGCAGCCGCUCCCGCCACGAGAUCACACGGCAGCGAAACAUGACCACGACGUGCGUCGGCCCGGGAACAGGUGAAACAAUCG